AUGGCGGCCUUGCUAGCGGUGCUCUUCUUGCUCUCGCUGUCGUCGCCGUCGUCGUCCUCCGCGGCGGCGGCGGCCGGGUACGCCCCCGGCCGCUGGACCAACGCCCACGCCACCUUCUACGGCGGCGCCGACGCCUCCGGCACCAUGGGUGGCGCGUGCGGGUACGGCAACACGUACAGCCAGGGGUACGGCGCGGACACGGCGGCGCUGAGCACGGCGAUGUUCGCGGACGGGCUGAGCUGCGGCGCCUGCUUCGAGGUGCGGUGCGCCGGCGGCGGGGGUUGCCUGCCGGGCGGUGCCGGCGGCAGGGGGUCCGUCGUGGUGACGGCGACAAACCUGUGCCCGGCCAGCGGCAGGGGCGGGUGGUGCAACCCGCCGCUCCACCACCUGGACCUCUCCCAGCCGGCCUUCCUCCGCAUCGCCCGCUACCAGGCCGGCAUCGUCCCCGUCUCAUACCGCCGCGUGGCGUGCCGGAGGAAGGGCGGGAUGAGGUUCACCAUCAACGGGCACUCCUACUUCAACCUGGUGCUGGUGAGCAACGUGGGCGGCGCCGGCGACGUGCACGCGGUGGCGGUGAAGGGCGGCGGCGGCGGCAGGGCGGCGCGGUGGCAGCCCAUGGCCCGGAACUGGGGCCAGAACUGGCAGAGCGCCGCGCUCCUCGACGGGCAGCCGCUCUCGUUCACUGUCACCGCCGGCGACCGCCGCUCCGUCGUGUCGUACGACGUCGCGCCGCCCCGGUGGGCCUUCGGCCAGACCUUCAUCGGCCGUCAGUUCACCUGAGAUCGGCCGGCCGGCCGGCCA